AGGAUUCGUUCGCUGAUCAGGCGUCACACUGGAACUCUACAUGACCACGGAAAUUCGCCAGUGCUGAUCAUUACACACCGCCUGAACAACACACGUGAUAUUACAAAGCGAGAUUAAAACUGUAAACCCGUACAACUAGAUACUUUUUAAAGAUGACAGCGCAGGAGGUGCGUCUGUGUGGGCUGCUGCUGCAGGAGCACUUUGGAGAUGUGGUGGAGAAAGUGGGCACUCAUCUGAUCCGCAGUGGAGUUCUGACAUUGCGAGCGCUUGCCCAUGAGACCAGACUUCCCCUCGACCUGGUCAAGAAGUCUCUGUGUGUGCUGAUGCAGCAUGGGAUGUGUUUGUUCGGUGCCGGGCGUCGUGGUCCAGCGGGACCCGUGGAAUACCGCGUCAUCUGCGAGCGCAUCCUACACAUGCUCCGUUAUCCGCGCUACAUCUACACUGCCAAGAGUCUUUAUGGAGACACAGGCGAGCUCAUUGUGGAGGAGAUUCUGCAGAGAGGACAGAUGACUAUGAGCAGCACAGUCAAGACCGUAGCUGACCGGCUGACCCACAAUAUGCCAGAGGGCCAGAGUAUGGACUACAGUGAGGUUGUCUCUGCGUUUUCUCGGUUGGUGGAGACUCAUUUCCUGCAGCGUUGUCCUCCAGCGGCCUCCUCGGGACCAUCGAGCUCAGGAGCAGUCAACACUCCCCUUCCAGCGGCGACGCAGCCCACCGAACCAGAGGAACACCCAGAAUGCUACAAACUACCCUAUAUCAAUCUCACCGGUAAAGGAAAACGCAGGCGCUCGAGCGAGGAUGGUGAAGCUGACCAGCGUACGGCAAAGAAAGCCAAAACAGACAAUAGUGAGUGUGGUGACGAAGGGAUCUAUUGGCAGGUGAAUUUUCAACGCUUUCACCUGCACUUCAGAGAUCAGGCCAUUAUUAGUGCUGUUUCCUGUAAACUCGAUCAGACCAGCAGCGAGAUUGUUAGAACCAUGUUGCGGAUGAGUGAGGUUACAACGCCGGCUCACGCUGUUUUCACACAAGCCCUUUCGGCCAAUGAGAUUUUCAGAUCUCUUCCAUCCAGUUACAACAUCGCCAGACCAAUUUUAGACCAAUACCUCACUCUGCUUGUGGAUGAUCCGAUGGAAUUUGUGGGGAAGACAGGUGACAGUGGAGGAGGAAUGUAUGUCGUCAAUUUACAUCGUGCCCUGGCUAACCUGGCAAGAGCUACCCUAGAGUCUGUGGUCCAAGAGAGGUUCGGUUCUCGCUCGGCUCGAAUCUUUCGUCUGUUACUGCGAAAGCGGCACCUGGAGCAGAAGCAGGUGGAGGAUUUUGCCAUGGUUCCUGCCAAAGAGGCCAAAGACAUGCUGUACACACUCCUGUCUGAGAACCUGGUCCAGCUCCAGGAAAUCCCCAAAACGCCGGACUACGCCCCUUCUCGAACCUUUUACCUGUACACAGUUAAUCAGCUGCCCACUGCCAGGCUACUUCUGCAACACUGCUACAAGACAGUUGGCAACCUGAUCGAGAGACGGCUGUAUGAGACCAAAGAGAACAAGCGCCUUUUGGAGAAGUCUCAGCGAAUUGAGGCCAUCCUGGCAUCCCUGCAGGCCACAGGAGCCGAGGCGGCCCAGCUGACGGAGGUGGAGGAGAUGAUCACCGCUCCAGAACGACAGCAGCUCGAGUCUCUACGGCACCACAUUAACAAGUUGGACUCCAGUGAAAAUCAGGUGGAUGAGACAAUAUUUCUUCUGGAAUCCUACAUUAACUCUACACAGGCCUCUCGCUGACCGUUUUUAUACAACUUUAGGCUAGUUCUAAAAAUUGCUGAUGUUUGUUUGAAAAGAAAUGGGUCGCUCAGAGAUGUUUAUUUCUUUUGCGACACGGAGUGACUGAUUUAUAUGACUGAGUAUUUUGUGUAGCCUUGAGCAAUUUUAUUUUCCACAGAAAAAAAUAAAGUUGUAAUUCUUUUA